GUUCAAUGGUGUGCGACCGUGUCGACGCGCCGCUCUCGCUCGGCGGGCUCUUCGCCAACAGCGACUCGGAGGACGAGGCGUUUGUCAACGAGUACGAGACGCAGAACAUUGCGAUCGGCGCCGACACGUAUGCGAUUCGCCAGUUCUCGUUCCACGAGGCCAACGCCAACAAGGUGUGGCCCGGCAUGUUCAACCUCGCGAGCUUCAUCGACGCCAACAAAGCGCGGUACAGCGACGGCAAGAUCCUCGAGCUCGGUGCUGCCACAGGUGCGCUGGCCAUCCACCUCCGCGCCGACCCGCGGCUGUAUGACGUCAUGACGAGUGACAUGGCCGACGACGGCACGAUCGAGGCCAACAUCGAGUUCAACUCGGCGCUCAAUGGCCAAGUGAUCGGCGAACACUACGCACACACGUGGGGCACGGGCUGGAAGAGCCCCGGGUCGGUUCGAUUCGUCAUUGCGUCCGACAUUUUGCUCUACGUCAGUGCAUACCCGGCGCUGGUGACGACGCUGCUCGAGAUCUUUGAGGACGACGCGACGACCGAGUUCCUCAUGAGCUGGAAGCGGCGCAUCGCCGACUCGGCCGUCUUCUUUCGCCUCAUGGACGACGCCGGGUUUCAAAUGCACCACCACGGCGCGUGCAUCUACUCGUUCUUCAAGCCCACGACGACAUGCGCAUACCUCCAGUCUCUCAUGUAACAUAUCCCACUGCAACUAGACGCAAGAAUACUCUACAUAUAUCACUUUCAAAUGCGUUGAAACCCU